GGUGUUCAACAGCGGUAACCACAGUUUAUCAAUUUUAGCUCUACUUUGGUUGACACACAUUUGAAAUAGUUGUUAUUAAAAAUAUACGACAAAAGUAACACCUCGAAUUGACCAAAGUUAAAUAAUUGUCUAGUUACCUAGCUUAUAAGCCUAGCUACAAUUACCUAGCUUACUUGUUAGCAAACGCUGCAAUCACUUGUUUGCUAACCGUAAGAAAUGACGAGCACAGGGUAAUCACUUUUAUGUACAAAAAUACCGAAAUUAACUCAAACACAUUUAGAAGUAACAGCGGUAUGAGUGCAGAUGGCUACAUUCUAUUUGUUGAUAAUAAUUUACCUUCAUUUUUUAAAAAUACUGAUUAAUAAGUGUCGUUGACUGCUGCCAUAACAACUGGUUGUUGAUUCCAGCGAUUGCUCUUCUGAUGAUUAAUAAUCCUGUUGUCAAGCCGAACUGACGCGCUCGCCUUGGUUUCAACAAACAGCGCAUGCGUCGUAGACGCUUACCAUCAUGGCGGCGUCAGUACAAAAAUAUGAGCUAAUUUUCAGCAACUGAAAAACUUUAAAAAACAUUAACGCAGAUGAAAACAUGCACAGCGACAAGAAAAUAACCAAGGAAGACACAUGGAGACCUGCUGACCUGAGAAAACACAUCAGGGAAGAAGAUCGUGGUGAUCCCUAUGCCAACAGGAGAGAUGACAAUGAGAGAAAGCACCGUGGUGGGGAAUCCAUAGAGAGACGUCACAGAGAUCCGGAGAGGGAGUCCAGAAGACAAAGAGAGAAGCCCAGGGAAAGGGAGAGCACGAGAGAGAGAAGAGAUGAAGACAAAAAAGACAGAUAUGCAGAGCGAAGGAAAGAGGGCUCGCAAGACAGGAGAGGUGACAAGGAGAGGGACAGAGAAAAGAGAAGAGAAAGGGAUAGAUUUAAAGAUGAGAACAAGCAUGGUGAUAUUUACAGAGAAAACAGGGACAGGAAACAAGAUAGAGAGGAAAAGCACAAAAGGGAGAGGGACAAGGAAAGACAAAGGGAUAAGGAGAAAGAGAAGGUUAGGGAAAGAGAGAGACACAAUGAGGAGAACAGGGACAAAAGGAGGGAAGAAAGAGACAAGGAAAGAAGAAGAGAGGAAAGGGACAGAGAGCGUGAGAGGGAGAGAAGAAGGCAUGAAGAAAGUGGGGAAAGAAGAAGAGAUCAGUCAGGAAAGCACCACAGAGAGGAGAGAGAUCGACACAAAUAUGAUUAUGAAGACAAGAGGAAUGAUAAAGAAAUUCAAGAGAGACAUGGAGACAGGAAGCAUUCAGAACGGAAAGAGGAACGAGAGUGCAAAGAAAAGCAUAAAGAAGAGAGAGAAAGGAGGCACAAAGAGAGAGGACAUUAUGAGGAGAAGCGGAAGCAUGAUGGUGAAUCCAGGGAGCAUCGAGACCUGAAAGGGUCAAGUGAAGAGGUCAGGCAUCAUCGUGGUGACAGAGAGCAAACAGAGGGGGACAAACACAGAGACAGAAGGCACAGAGACGAAGAAGACACAGAAAGAAAACGCAGAGAGAGAAGACACAGGGAUGAAGAAGAUGUCCAGAGAAAACACAGAGAGCGAAGGCACAGAGAGGAAGGUGAACCAGAAAUAAAUAACAGAGACAAAACCAACUCUAAGAAAUCAUCAUCUGACAAAAAUGAUGAGAAGAAUAUGGUAGAAACAGAGGAAGUUGAAGUGAUUUCCCAGCAGGGGACAGCUAAUGUGAAAUAUGAAGUAUGCCCAGAGAAACCUCAGGUUGCCAAUGAUGAAGAUUUGGCUGACCAAAAAUAUGAAGAUGAUUUUGAGGAUUAUGAAGAGGACUUUGAGGAGAUGGAUGAGAGCACAAAUGAAGGUGAGGAUGAAAAGGAACUGCUGCAUCCAGAGGUGGGCGAAGAAAGGGAGGAGCUCACAGCACGACGGAGGAAGGAGAUUGAAGCAAUUCAGAGAGCCAUGGAUGAAGAGAAUGAGAGAGUUGGAACAGUUCAGUCCAGGCAAAGUACGAGCAGAGAGGAGGAAGAUGGGCCUAAAUGGUCCAAAGGCUCUGAGAAAAAUGAGAACAGAGCUUCUCAGCGUGGAAAAUUUAUCGACUUUGUUGCCGCAAAGCAGCGUGAAGUCAGCAAGAAAGUUGCCACCAAACAGAAGAAGCGAAGUGCAGAGCUGCUUCGUUUAAUUGAUCUGGAUUUCUCCACGACAGUCUCCCUUUUCGAUUUGCCACCUGUCAGCGAAUAUGACAUGUACAUCAGAAAUUUUGGGACUGCAAACACCAAACAGGCUUAUGUUCAGUGUAAUGAGGAUAAUGCAGACCGAGACGUCCAGACAGAGGAAAUAGAAAUGUGUGAAAAGUGGACACAGCAUCCUCCAGAGCACGGUGGAGCCUGUGGAGAUCCAAACCUCUCUCUGGAAGCAAGAGACAAAAACAUGAAUGACAUGAACUUUGAUUCCCAGCGUCUGGCAGCAUUUCUACGCUCAGCCUCGCAGGUGAUGAUUGUCCUUUUGGAGGAAGAUCAAGCUGAGAGAAAAUCGCUGAGGAAGCUUAACUCUCAAACAGACACUUUGUCUUUCAGCGAUGGAAGUUUACAGCUCAACACUAAGUUGCCUUUUCUUUACGGUCGUCAAAUCAGCCUGCUGCACUUCUCUCAGGUCCAGAGACACACCAUGAUGUCAAUCCACAUGCCCACCAUGAAGCCCAGCGCUGUGCGCCUUGACAGCUGCACCAUCAUCUGCAUCUGGAACAUCUGGGAGCCAUCCAGACCUCAGAAGGUCCUCGUUUAUGAAUCUGAGGUUCAGUGUUGCUGUUUCAGCCCUGGAAAGGCCAUCCUGGUGUUUGCAGGCACAUCAGUGGGCUCUGUGGUGCUGUGGGACCUGAGGGAGCAUGCUAGCAACCAUUACAGCUUAAAGAUAGGGGAGGAUGAGUGGACCUUCAGGCAGCCUACCUUCUCCACUGAUGCAGUGAUGGCCGGCUCCGGUCAUUUCUCAUCUGUCACGUCUGUAGAAGUCGUCCCCUCCACUGUAGCCGGAGCGAUAAGGCCAGAGGUCCCACUUUUGGCAUCUGAGGAAGAGUUGUCGGGGCUGUCAUUCCAGCUGGCUUCUCUGGAUGAAAGCGGGGUUUUAAAUUUCUGGGUGGUGGUGGAGCUCCCCAAAGGCAACGAGGCAGGCUCUCCAACAGAUCUAGGGCUCCGACCUGGGGGCAAAGUAAAGUUGCUUCACAGCUCGUCCCUCCUCACUGCUGAGAGGGCUUCACCACGAGGUGCAAUGAAAACAGGGCCGUUACAGUCGCUGCUUUUAAAGUUUCUUCCAACAGACUCCAAUCAUUUCUUUAUUGGCACCAAUAUGGGUCUGGUCAACCAUGGAACAAGUCACGGUUUGAAAGCUCCACCGAAGUUCUACAGGUGUCAGGAGGUUGGACUUCGGCCUGUUGACAUCACAUCAGUACACUUUUCUCCCUUCAAACAACACUUGUUCUUGGUGGGCUGUGGUGAUGGUAGCAUCAGGCUGCAUGCUGUCAGCCAUGAGCAGCCGAUGGCAGAGUGGACGGAUGGUACAGCUGGUGAGCCGGUGGUGUCGCUGCAGUGGGCUCAGACCAGGCCCACGGUCUUCUGUGCACUCGAUGCUGCCUCUAACCUCCACAUAUGGGACCUGUUGAAAAAUGACACUCAGCCUGUGGUCACUGAGAGAAUGAAUGCAGAUAGGGUGACAGCUAUGGCGCUGUUUGGAGACUCAGGACAACAAAACACAUAUUCAGGAAUAGCGCUGGCACAUGAGUCAGGAAAAAUAGAAAUGCAGUAUUUCACGAGAAGUUUGACUGCGUCCAGCUCUGCAGAAGAGGAGAAAUUGGAGAGUAUGAUGACUGAAGCCUUUUGAAACUUCACAGGAUCCACAUUGGAGUUACUCCAAAAGAUUUACUGCAUUUUAAAAAUUCAGAAGAACAUAGAGAACAACUAGUGAAUAUGUUGUAACAGUCACUUUGAAUACUUAGUUUGUUUUAUUUCUUUUUAAAUUAAUGGCUCACAGCUAGAAAAUUAUCUCAGCUAUAAAAAGAAUGUAGCAAAAUACCAAAGAUCCUAAACAAGGGUCAGUGUAUUCAACAUCAUAAAUACAUUAUGAGAAAUAUUUGUACAUGUUUGCUGAUGUAAAUAUUUCUACUUUUUGACUAUAUAAAAUAUUUCUAUGGUGUUAACAAGUUUAAUUUUUAUACAAUAAACAGAUGUCUUUGCUGGUGUUA